ACUCAGUGUGACAAGCUGACGUGGCACCAUUACUUCACGUCACAUCUCACCAGAGCAGUUUUCCCCUGUCCAUUUUACAAACUGUUGGCUCUCAUCUCCACAAAUGGGGGAUGAAUCCGAGGGAAGAAGAAAUGUUUUUUACGGGCCGGAGACGGAAGGGAUCCUCGGCGACGAUUGGGUGGAGAGACCGUUCACCGUGACACUGCAGGAUCACGAAAUCCUCAAGGGGAGGGAAAAGUUCACGGUUUACAAGAUCCUGGUGAUCGGGAGUCAGGGGGGCAGCUGGAUAAUCUUUAGACGAUACGGAGAUUUCCGCAGACUCCGAGACAAGCUCAAGGCUUUGUUUCCGAGCGUCCGCUUAGUUUUGCCUCCAAAACGUUGGUUCAAAGACAACUACGACGGGGAGUUUCUGGAUGAGAGGCGGACUGGCUUGCAAACCUUUUUGCAGAAUCUGACUUGCCACAAUGACAUCAGCAACAGCGUUUCAGUCAGACAGUUUCUCUGUGUGAGUGAAUCACCGGGCCCAUUCGACAGUCUGGAAGAAAGCAGAGCUUUCUGUGCCGCUCUGGAGGAAACGAACCAUUACCUACAGAGGGAACUGAUGGAAAAACAGAGAGAAGUUGAACAUUUGAGGGAGACGCUGAAUGAGAGGACGGACUACAUCAACUUUUUGAUGAAGAAACACGAUUGCGUUUCCCUUCUCACAGAAUCUCAAAAAUCAUCAUAAAGCUAUCAAACACGUGUUUCCACACACUACGUUG